GUGCGGCACUCUUCACUGUCCAUGGCGCGUCUGCCUCAUCGUUCUUCCCUCGCGACGCUGGAGCGAUUGCUGCGUCUGCCACUUCUGCCGCCUCUACUCUUCACCCCAGGCGUCAGCUGUUAAAAGGAAUAAUAAUAGCGAGAUUCGGCGCCGUCUUGCGUCCCACGUGGCACCAGGGGAAAGUGAUCGGUGACAAAGCGGCUUCAGGGAGAAUUGUUGUGAAGGCGGUGAG